AUGUCCUCAAUUAACAUUUUGUCGAAUCAGCGUGUCAAUACUCCCAGCGAGGAGCCAUUGAUUUGCCCAGUGCAUGGAACAUCGUUGCAGUCUCAAGAUGAUGAGCCCAAAGAAUUUGCUGAGAUUAAAGAGUUGAGGUAACAUUGAAACAGUACUCAGUUUGCACAAACAUUUAGCUAAACACAUUUGUCAGACGAGGUUUGGCACAAAGACAUAUUCAGAUGAUCGCUUUGGCUGGGACAAUUGGGACAGUAAGAACGAUAAAUUGCGGCUGAAUGACAGAUACUGAGAGGUGUAGGGUCUUUUCUUAGGUUCUGGAAAAGCUAUUGCCAGAGCAGGUCCACUUGGAGCAUUGUGAGUUUCUAGUCCAAAGGAAAUCAUUGCACAGCACUUACUAUAGCUAUGCCAUUAGACUGGGAUAUACUUUUGUGGGAAUAUUGGUAUCCGGCGUCGUUCUUUCAAUAGCAGAACUAAGGUAUAUUUCUUCGGCACACUUGAGUUUAAUGGAAGCUUGCUAAAAUUGGUCAUUGCAGUGCUCUUGUUCCUCUGAGUGGAGGUAUCAUACGCCAUGCCGAAUAUUUUGUCGAUCCUGCUCUCUCAUUUGCGAACGGUUGGAACCAAGUCUACAGCAAUAUUAUCACGAUACCUGCCGAACUCGUUGCUGCUGCCAUUAUAAUCCAGUUCUGGGUUCAAAUCAACAAUGCUGUGUGGAUUAUAUGCUUUGGGUUUCUUCUGGUCGUUAGCAACCUACUUUUUGUUCAGGUAUAUGGUGAGCUUGAAUUUACAUGCGCGAUAUUAAAAAUAAUGCUCAUUGUUGGCUUGAACAUAAUGGUAAGUCUGCCUCUGUCGUCUAUUCUCAACAAUCCUUACUAAAAAUUCUCAGGCACUGAUCAUCACUUGUGGUGGAGGACCAAAUGGUGAAACUUAUGGUUUCCGAUAUUGGCACGACCCAGGACCCUUUGCUGAUUACCUUGGAUUUACUGGAGCCUUGGGACAUUUCAUGGGAUUCUGGACCACAUUUUCGAAUGCAGUAUAUGCUUAUUCCGGAGUGGAGAAUUUCUCUCUUGCAGCCGCUGAAACACAGUCACCCCGACGAAAUAUUCCAAUCGCCGCGAAAAGAAUUUUCUUUCGAGUAAUGCUGUUCUAUGGUAUGUACACGCUGAUUUCCCCCUGUUCCCAUCCAGGCCAAAUUAUUGAAUUCUCCAUAGUUCUCUCGAUCUUCAUGGUUGGCAUGAUUGUACCAUCAAAUGACAAAGAACUCUUGAGGUCUACCGGGACAGCUGCACAAUCACCGUUCGUUAUUGCUGCAAACAAUGCAGGAAUUAAAUUCGUCCCUUCAAUCAUCAAUGCCGUGGUUUUGACAAGUGCAUGGAGUGCUGGAAAUGCAGGUUGGUGCCCCUCAAUUGACAAUCAAAUGCUUGACUAAAUUAUGUAGCUAUGCUUGGUGGAUCCCGAAUGUUGUAUGGACUCGGUCAACAUGGACACUCACCAAGAGCCUUUCUUCAAACUAACCGUUUCGACGUACCAUACAUUGCGAUUGGAUUUCUCAGUCUGUUCAUAUGUCUCGCGUUCCUGACACUUUCGGAUUCUGCGAGUAUUGUGUUCAGUUGGCUCCAGGACUUUGUUGCUGUAUCUGCUCUUAUUAAUUGGAUGAUCAUUUGCGGUGUAUAUCUACGAUUCUAUUAUGGAUGUAAGAAGCAAGGAAUCCCUCGAUCUAAUUUACCAUGGAAAGGGCCAUUUCAACCAUAUGCUGCAUGGAUAGCACUUAUCUCGUUCAGUAUUCUUCUCUUAACUGGUGGUUACUCCGUCUUCAUCAAAGACCAGUAAGUCUUCCUAAAUCACAAAAUAAUCAUACGUGAGAAUCCGACUAAUGAUUUAUUCACCUCCAGUUGGGCCACGGAAACUUUUCUCUCAUCUUACAUUAAUAUUCCCCUUGUUCUCAGCUUAUACUUCGGUUACAAAUACAAGAAAGGUACUCAGUUAAUCCCAUUAUCUGAAAUUCCAAUUCAAAAGUUUAUCAAUAUCGCAAACGAUAAUCCUGAGCCGGAACCAGAGGAGGUUGUUGGGUGGAAGAGGCUUAAUAUUUUGUGGAGUUAG